AUGCCCUCGUUUACUACCACCGAACCUCACCUCCUCCGCCAUACGCACCAUCAAGCUACUUCCUGUCCAGCUUCCCCUCAUGACCAAAUCACCCGCAAGUCAUACGAAAAGUCGUCCUUAAGCAAUACCUUCGUUUGGACAAGCGAUGCAAAUGGUGAGAGCGUCUGCGUCGAUUCCACUUCCGAACACUUUGUCACCAGCUUCAAGAGCGGGAGUCUGCCGUCGCUUGCAUCACUUGGCACCGCACGGUCUGCUCCUCCUCAUGGCCAUGAUCCCGUCAGGCCGAGAAAUGGAAGUAUCCUUUCAGUGAUGACGGCGCCCGGAAGAGAUAGGGAAAGGGAAAAUGGUAGCAUGACUCAAACCCAAAAUGAUUGUCGCGGGAAUGGGUCCACGGACUCCUCUGUGCCGGAAUUGAAUGGAGCUGUAGUUGCGACUCAGAGGAAUGGUAUAUCCCCAACGUCCAGGUCGACUAGCCCUGGACCCAUUGCCAACGGGUAUAGCACUUCCUCCUAUGACUUCGCAUCUACUGACUUUGCUCCGGCUACUUCGAUGUUGGACGGCGCUGUCAUCCCUCCUUCCCAAAAACCACCUUCCCACACAGAACACAACUAUUCCUCUCCUAGCGCCCCUAUUCGAACUGACAGCGAUACCCCAGUCUCUCCAACUAGCUCUCGACCACAGCGCCAUACUCUUCAGGUGCCUAAGUUCAAUAACAGCCGGAGGAAUAGCCGCGAUCUAUCCACUCCCAAUCCCAAUCCUCCUGAGGACAGUAUUGCAAGUGGGGAUCGACAUACUUCCCCAACCACAGGCCGUCGACGGGCAUCCCUCAACUUAGCCCGAAGGACCACGCGGUCGCUAAAUUCUGACCUCCACACAGAUGAGAUCGCACCCGAAGAGGACGCUGCUCGAUGGGCAGAAAUGAUCAAGCAAAAACGGGCUAGCAAGCGAAGGCGCAAGGAAGAAGAGGACGACGAUCGCGUUAUUAUCGGCACCAAGGUUGAUCAGAACCAUGUAAACUGGGUUACAGCAUACAACAUGUUGACUGGGAUUCGGUUUACUGUUUCUAGAACCAAUGCCAAGCUGGACCGUGAACUUACAGAUGCCGAUUUUGAAGCGAAACAUAAAUUCUCCUUUGACAUAACCGGCAACGAAUUGACGCCCUCCGCCAAGUAUGAUUUUAAAUUCAAAGACUAUGCUCCCUGGGUGUUCCGCCGGUUACGUGCGAAAUUCAAACUCGACCCUGCUGACUACUUGAUGUCCCUAACGAGCAAGUAUAUUUUGUCUGAGUUGGGUUCUCCUGGCAAAAGCGGUAGUUUCUUUUACUUUUCCCGCGACUAUAAGUACAUCAUUAAAACUAUCCACCAUGCCGAACAUAAGCUCCUCCGGAGGAUUCUGCGCGAUUACUACGAACACAUCGAGAACAACCCAAACACCCUAAUCUCACAGUUUUACGGUCUCCAUCGGGUUAAGAUGGCGUAUGGCCGAAAGAUACAUUUCGUUGUUAUGAAUAAUUUAUUUCCUCCGCACCGAGAUAUUCACCAAAUGUUUGAUCUUAAAGGCUCAACCAUUGGCCGGGACUUUCGGGAAGAAGAUGUCGAGAAGAACCCUAGGGCAACACUGAAGGACCUUAAUUGGAUUCGAAGAAGUCGUCGUCUCCAAUGUGGCCCUGUCAAGAGAGAAUUUUUCCUAGCUCAACUGAAGAGGGACGUGUCGCUGCUUCAACGUCUAAAGAUCAUGGAUUACUCGCUGUUAGUUGGUAUCCACGACCUGGGGAAAGGAAAUGACGAAAAGCUUCGAGGUAAAACUCUCCAGGUUUUCCAGCCUGGUGGGGAACGGGGAGAUGAUCAUCAACAGCCAAAUCUCCUUAUGAGAACACCCUCAAGACUCGAGAACGCUCGGAAGGCCAGGGAGCUACGAGAGAUAAUCAAACGGGAAAAGCCGGUGCCAAUUCAAGAAUCUGCCGCCCUCCCAGAUGAGAUAUUAGAUGAACGGAAGAACCUUGUGUUCUAUUCUGAUGAUGGUGGGUUUCGGGCUACCCAUGAAAACGGUGAACCGGGAGACGAGAUUUACUAUCUCGGGGUCAUUGACUGUUUGACACAUUAUGGCAUGAUCAAGAAAGCGGAACAUUUCUGGAAAGGACUAUCGCACAACAGAAAUCAAAUAUCCCCAAUCCCUCCUGUGGCAUAUGGGGAGCGAUUUCUCAACUUCGUCACGGGCAUCGCCAUGUCGAAGGAAGAAGCUGAACGCGAAAGACAUAGCAAAGAACAGGGCCACACGUCAAUGGAUGGCACGGCACUUCCUCAUGCUCAUCCAAGCUCCUCUAUCGAAAGAGUCAUGGAACGGGCCGAAAGAGAUGCAGCCAGGGCUGGCAGAAAUCUCGCGACCGAUCCAGAGCCCCAUCAACAUAUCUUAUCUACCAUCCGCUCCACCUCCAGCGAUAUGCCAGGUGUCACAUCUACUCUACCAGUCGUGGAAGAGGUUGGGGAAGCUGCUAGUACUGGGAGCAAAAGUCGAGGGAGUGGAAGCAGCAGUGGCGAAAGGAUUGAAUUGAGGAAUAGUUACAACAGAAACCGGCAGGACGACAGAGGUGUCGAAAAAAUGGCCAAUGGAGAAGUAUGGAAUUCUUCCGAAUUCCGCACUGCCACGGGACCAUCGGGUCCUCCUCCCCUACUUCCGGCCCCGCCACCGAAAUCAGAACCCUCCUCGAACUUCGUUGCAUCUGUGAAGGGGAAAGCAGCAAUGCGGGAGCUCAGGGCUGACUCCCUUCUCUCUUCGUCAGAAUCGAAGGAGCUCCCUCCUAUUCCUCAUGAUUUACCGCGACCGCCUUCAUCAACGCCUUUCCCCACCGCGGACACUUCUCGAUAA